AUGAGUGCAGAAGUCUAUGAUUUUGAUGCUUACAUUGAACAACAGGAUGAAGAAGCUGAUGGUUGUACGAUUGCAGAGGUGAGUAGUAUAAUUUUACAUACAUUUAAUGUUUUUACGCGGUUGGAGACAGGACUUGUGUUACAGGUAGUUCGAUGUAUGAAGGUUGUUUGGCAGAACGAAAGAGUUGCUCCAUUGAUUUUACCACAUAGAUUUGAGUAUGUUGAUGUGUUACAGGCUCAAAUUGUAAAAAGAGAUCAGGAAAUUGAGGAAGGACGAAAGAAUGGGGUUGAAGAUGAGUUUAGAGGUGCAAAAAAAUACGAAGUGGCUCGUGUAAGAUACAUGGUUAAUUCUUAUUUAAGGUAAUACUUUUUUAAAUAUUUUUUACGUUUAGACUUUUAGAUCAGUCAAUGCAAGAUGUUUUUCUCAACAAUUUAUAUUUUUCUUGUAGAACUCGACUUCAAAAAAUUGAGAGAAACCCAGCUGCUGUGAUGGCCAGACACUUGGAGUGUCACAACAAAGGAAAACCGGAUCUACUUGAUGCUCAUGAAGUUACUUACGCAGAGAACAUUGUUAGGUCUAAUCUCAAUUUUUUCAAUGAAAGCUUUUUAUCUCUUCUACCUCCUGGAUUCAAUGUUCCUGUUGUCACGAAAGAUCGUUCCGAAAUGAAGAGAUGUUUUGUAAAAGUGAGUCAAAGUGUGAAUGUUACUAUUGGAAAGAUGACGGAUCCAAAUUUGGAUACAAUGGUGGCCCUACCUGCUGGGACCUUACAUUAUGUACCAUUUUAUUCGAUCCAGGAUUAUAUUGAUGAUGGUAGUGUAACACUCAUGUAA